AUCAUACUUUGUGCCCAAGGCUUCUUCCUGCAAAAGACAAAACCAAAUCAUGGCAGCCGACGAGCCUUCCAGUGCGGAGCAACAGGCUGUGGCAGCGGCAGCGCUUACCAUGGCAACAACAGAGCUAGAGUAUCGUGUGCAACUUCUAAACAGCAUGGUGGGCACGUGCCAUGAAAGAUGCGUGGCACGACCUUACAAGGAGGGGACCCUAAGCGUUGGCGAAAACAGCUGCCUUGAUCGGUGCUGUGCAAAGUAUUGGCAGGUUGUCGCUAUCGUCGGGCAGCUAUUGGGGGCGCAGAACAAGUGAGCACCAUCAACUAUGAGGCCCAUGAUGAGCAGUGGGAAAAACACAACCUUUGUCCUCCUGUCCGCCGUGGGCGUGAAGCACACGGCGUAUAGACGAUUUCGCGUGUGGGUUGUAUAUACUGGUGCGGUGAUGGCAGGGAUUUUUGAAUGGGUACUUUUUUCUAGGGCUAGACUGCAUACGCGGGUUUUGUCGGCGGGGGCGGGGGAUACAUCCGCAGUGAGUUUGUAAAUUGUUUUUCGCCGCGUGGUUUGGAGAUAUGUCGUUGUCUAUGGUCGGGGAUUUGUUUGUUCGUUCACAGUAAUACUAUGGUCAUAUCAUGCGGUGAAUCGGCGUUAAGGCGUUCUCGCGGCAAACGUAGCAGUAAUGCUUUGCUCUUCUAUCUGCAGUGAGAUGCACAUGGUUGUGUAUAUCUUCCUGUCUGAGUGGAGAGGAUGCUGAACACCUGCAUUGAUGAUAUUUUCACAUGUAUCUUACAGUCAAUAUGAAAGGCAUACGCUUGCUUUUGUAACGGGUCUUAGGCCAGCCAGUCUGUUGGGGUAUAAGACCGAUUAUGCAAGCCUCGUCUCAAAACUUUUGGCCAGUCAUGGUAUCAAAUUUCUAUCUGUACAUGGACAGAGACAGACUGUCCGCGGACGCUUGUUGCUUAAGUGCAGAAAAGUGCAAAGCGAGCGCGCGUACUAGCCCCCUUGCUGACCCCCCAGACCUCAAAUUCUCCUACCCGCCACACCCCCUUCGGAAACGAAACCCACUAGAACCCUCGACAGUGCGUACUCCUCUGAUGCGUCUCUACCUGAUGCUUCAGUAAAAAAAAUACAAUCACACUCAGACUCCCUCUCUGUCAACGGCCCGCCGGUCCGCUCGUCGAGAUAUUUGCGCUUAAUAAAGUCUCUUGACCACCUUUACUUCGUAAUCAAUCCCACAUCCCGGUCCACUCCUACCCUAGCUAUCCCAGCCUCCCGAACCACACAAUAAACUCAGUUCCUCGUGGUCAACCUCAAGAGCUCUCCAAUCCUGCUUAGCACACGCAAGCACCCUGG